CUCGAAGAGGAGCGAGCGAACGGGCGCGGCCAGGAACCCGCAGCCCUGGCGCCUGCCGCCGCCUGGAGCCCCGCAAUAUGCCGCCGCAGCCCUCUGGCUCUUGGCCAUGGCGAGGCUGUGCCGGCCGAUCCCUUGCACUCUGCUCCUCGGCCUGGCCGCGGUGCUGCUGAAGGCGCAGCUGGUCCCCGCGGUCGCCAGAGCCGAGCUCAGCCGCUCUGACCUCAGCCUCAUCCAGCAACAGCAGCAGCAGCAGCAGAGGGAGAAGGCUGAGGAGGAGAGCCCAGAGGUGCCUGGGGCAUCCUCCACCUCGCCUGUUCCAGUAUCUGUAUUUAGGCUGAAGGUCCAAGUCAAUGACAUCAUCAGUCGUCAGUACUUGAGUCAAGCAGUUGUAGAAGUGUUUGUAAACUACACGAAGACAAGUUCCACGGUGACUAAAAAAAAUGGAGCAGUGUUGAUAAACGUACCCUAUAAACUAGGGCUCAGCUUAACUAUUAUUGCGUACAAAGAUGGCUAUGUGUUGACACCACUGCCUUGGAAGACCGGAAGAAUGCCAAUAUAUUCAUCAGUUACACUUUCACUGUUCCCACAAAGCCAAGCAAAUAUAUGGCUAUUUGAAGACACUGUUUUAAUUACUGGAAAAUUAGCUGAUGCCAAAUCUCAACCAAGUGUUCAGUUUUCAAAAGCUUUAAUUAAACUGCCCAACAACCAUCAUAUAAGCAAUGUUACAGGCUAUCUUACCGUCCUACAACAAUUUUUGAAAGUGGACAAUUUUCUGUAUACAACGGGAAUUACUCUCAAUAAAUCAGGUUUUGAAAGCAUUGAAUUGGCUCCUCUUGCUGCAAUAUGUGUCAAAAUAUAUUCUGGAGGAAAAGAAUUAAAAGUGGAUGGCUCUGUCCAAGUUUCUCUCCCCCUUCUACAUACAAAUGAUAUAAGUGCAGGGGAUCAUAUACCUGCCUGGAGAUUUGAUAUGAGCAUGGGUGUUUGGAUAAAUGAUGGCCAAGGAAUAGUCCAGGAAUAUAAUAAUCAUUUAAUUUGGACAUAUGAUGCACCCCAUUUAGGCUACUGGAUAGCAGCUCCACUUCCAGGAACUAGAGGUUUAGGUAUAAAUGAAGAUUCCAAGGACAUCACUGCCUACCACACAGUGUUUCUUACAGCCAUCUUAGGAGGAACUAUAGUCAUUGUCAUUGGAUUUUUUGCUAUACUACUUUGUUACUGCAGGGAUAAGUGUGGUACUCCACAGAAAAGAGAAAGAAAUAUCACUAAGCUCGAGGUCCUCAAAAGAGACCAAACAACUUCAACAACACACAUUAAUCACAUCAGUUCAGUCAAAGUUGCAUUGAAAGCUGAGGAACGGUCACAGUUCUUCAAUGCCCAGAACUCUGCGUUUAGCCCUCAAAAAAAGGAACCGCCAAAGGCGGAAGCUGAAGAAAGAGUUUCCAUGGUAAAAACUCGGGACGAUUUUAAAAUCUAUAAUGACGAUGUUUCGUUUCUGUCAGUCAAUCAAAAUAAUUACUUGAGAAACCCAUCACAGUCUUUGGAGCACAAUAUAGGAUCCAGGCAAGCUAAACAUGUUAACACCAGUCUGUCUCCAUCUCUAGGAGAUGCUCAAGAGGAAAAGAGGUAUGUCACAGGUAAUGAAGAGGUGUAUGGGCGUUCCCAUAUUCCUGAACAGCUUAUGCAUAUCUAUAGUCAGCCCAUUGCCAUUCUUCAAACAUCUGAUCUUUUCUCUACUCCCGAGCAGUUACAUACUGCUAAGUCAGCUACUUUGCCAAGAAAGGGACAGAUAGUCUAUGGCCAAUUGAUGGAACCAGUAAACAGAGAGAACUUUACACAGACAUUGCCGAAAAUGCCAAUGCAUUCUCAUGCACAGCCCCCGGAUGCCAGGGAAGAGACUAUUACACUCGAAGGUCAGCAGAGCUUGCCAUCCCAAACUUCAGAUUGGAGCCGUUACUCUAACAGUUUACUAGAGUCUGUCUCAGUUCCUGGAACCCUAAAUGAAGCUGUUGUAAUGACUCCAUUCUCGUCGGAGCUUCAAGGCAUUUCAGAACAGACCCUCCUGGAACUGUCCAAAGGAAAGCCCUCCCCGCAUCCCAGAGCUUGGUUUGUGUCUCUUGAUGGAAAGCCAGUAGCCCAAGUGAGGCAUUCCUUUAUAGACCUGAAAAAGGGCAAGAGAGCCCAGAGCAAUGACACAAGUCUGGACUCUGGAGUGGACAUGAAUGAGCAUCACUCGAGUAGAAAGCUUGAGAGAGAGAAAACAUUCAUUAAAAGCAUGCAUCAACCUAAGAUCCUUUACUUAGAAGAUUUAGACCUGAGCAGUAGUGAGAGUGGAACCACUGUCUGCUCUCCUGAGGACCCAGCUUUAAGGCAUUUACUAGAUGGAGGGAGCGGAGCUAUCAUGGAACACCCUAUAGAAGAGUCCCCAGGAAGAAAGAGCACUGUUGAAGAUUUUGAAGCCAAUACAUCCCCCACUAAAAAAAGAGGCAGACCACCACUGGCCAAAAGAGAUAGCAAAACUAACAUCUGGAAGAAGCGAGAGGAACGCCCACUAAUUCCCCUAAAUUAACAGCAAGGGUGGUUGUGCCUCUGGUGUCUCUGUGCUGUUUAAUCUUGCUUCUUAUAAAUCACAGUAUGAACUUCAUAGAAAGUUGAGACUGAGCAGUCUUAUGGCCCUGGACAUGUCUCAAGCAGAGCAAAUAGUAAAAUGCUAAUUACAGUCAUCAGAAGGAUAUCGAGGAGUUCUUUUUCCAGCUUACUCUUUUUAUUUAUUUCUGGGUGAUGAAUUUGAACUAUCCAAGUUUUCAAAAUGUAAAAUAGCCUCAAGGUGUUAGUUAUCUGAAAAUGUUGCUCAUUUGGCCAAUUUGGCUCUGACUCUCUUAAGAAUAACGAGUGAAACAUGUACUCUUAAAGUUGCUUCCAACAAUGUUGCCUCUGCCUUGAUGACUACCCCUAUGAAACAUUUAAAAAUGAAACCUUUCUUCUUCUGGCAUCAUAUUCUUGUGAAAUAUUACUCUUAUGUUGUUCUCUGCUUACACUUGAAAUUAGCUAUAAAUGUUCUGGAUUGAUGGCAUUCUAGAAUUUAAAGGCAAACAACAUUUUCUUUUUUGUGACAAACAGCCAGUGCAUUGCAUCAUCCAAAAAAGUAAGUCCCACAUGCAGUUCAUAGAAGACAGGCAAGAAACUACUUGGUAGUUAAGGGAUGAAAUGCCGACUCUUUGGUUGUUUUUUGGAUAUAACUUCACAGAAUAAGUGAUAAAGGGUUAAUUCAUCAUUUAGAAAUCGGAAAAAUUAAUG